CAUGGAAAAUUCAUUUUAGUUAAAAUCUCAUUCUAUCAAAACCCAGCAACAAUAUCGCCAACAAGCAAAAUGUUUUUCAAGAAAAUUGCUUUACUUAGCUGCAUUUUUCUCACGUCCGUCUAUGCCAAGGAAACCCUAAUCGACGGAGAGGACUCGGAUUGGGGAGGUAACUGCCCAAGAGCUUGCACUUGCAGGUACACUCCUUUCGCCGAACUGGCCGUCUCAAAAUGGAUAAGGUACGGACUAAGACACGAGGCGCAAUUCGAGUUCGCCAAUAGCACCGAGGCACCGCAUAACGAAGUCGUCGACGAAACAGCAGACGCCGACGACGAAGGACCAAAGAAGUCUCUAAAGGCCGCUCUGUGCCUUUUUAUGAACGUGACCGACCCAAAGGCGUUCCUGGGUUCCGUACCGGCCGACACUGAAGCGCUUAUCUUGUACCAAACAACGGACGCGUACGAGGUGACCAUAACGGGAGAGGAGUGGCAUCUGCCGGCGCUGGUCCUGUUGGAAAUCCAUGGAAUGUCGGGUAAAAUGCACGUUACCGACGGGACGUUUGAAGAGGCCAAAAGCGUGCAGUACCUGAGCAUGGAAGGUGUGUCGCUGGACCGGUUGACAUUGGAGGGAAACGAACCAGCACCUUCGGUGGACGCCAGGCCGUACAAGCACGAGAACAUCUACGCGUUCAACGAGCUGGUGCCAAUGAUGGUGGUAGACGGGGAGCAGUCAGACAGCGGCGAAGGUCCGACGGGAAAGAACCGAUUAGUGUUCCUGCAGCCCAAAGACGCCGAGAUGGUACCUUACGAGGUGUACAAGAAGCAGACCGAACAACAAGCCAAGGCCAAGAAGAAGCCCAGUAGCCCGUUCGCAGGAAACGGCGACCUGGUUUUCCUCAGACUGGUUGACUGCGGUUUGCGCGACGUGUCCUGGGAAAUGUUCGACGGCCUGGAUUCGCUGGAGACGCUUAUCUUAGACCGCAAUGUCAUCGAGUACGUGCCGGACUUCACGUUUUACGGGGCAGUCUCGCUGAAGAGCCUGUCGCUAGCCGAUAACAACAUAAACCGAAUGCAAACCACAGGCCUGGGCGGACUGCUCGACCUCAAGUACCUAAACCUGAGAAACAACCGACUGACUUCGCUGUCUGAGACCACGUUUCCACCUCUACCCAAACUGGAAACGGCUGACUUGGGCGGCAACCCGUUGGAGACGAUCUUCCCGCACACGUUCGAAGUGCUCAACUCGACCAGAGAGCUGGUGCUGGGUUCGCCCGCCGUUCAGCUCGUUCUUCGUCCCAGCUCGUUAAUUGGCCUGGAUUCCCUGGAAAAACUCCGUCUGAUCAACAUCAACGUCGCCGUCCUGGAACGGUCCUUGUUGGACGGACUGGCCAACCUGAUCGAGUUGGAAAUCAGCGGGACGGUAGAGCACGUGGCAUUCGACGCUUUCAUUGAAGUGCCCAACAUAAGACGGCUGGUGCUUCGUAAUUGUUCCAUACGAUCAGUGUCCAUGGAUUCGUUCUACGGCUUGUACAACUUGGAACACUUAGACUUGUCGUACAAUCUCCUCGAAGAACUCCCUCCCGGCAUGUUCGAUCAACAGUUCUCUCUCAAAGAGAUCAUACUCAACAAUAAUCAGAUAAUUCAAGUGCCGGAUACGCUUUUCAAGACGGUUUCCAACAUAGUGCUUAUACGGUUGGACGGCAACCCUUUGAGAUGUUCAUGUCACAUGAAAUCGUGGGACAUAUCAUUGAUGGUUAAAGACAUUCGGCAAGUCAAUAAACGCGUCUGCCAGUGGGAACAUUACAAAAAGGGAUACGGUUGUUCAUUUAAGACCGUAACAUCUUACGUGUACAACAAAAAGGCAGAACCAGUAUGUUCCAGUCCGGAGAGAUUUAACGGCAAAGCAGUAUCAUAUGUGCUCAAAAAGUAUUUGAAUUGUGAAAGGAAGUCGAUUGAAAAAAAUAGAAUCGCCUACCUAAAAAAAAAGUAUAAGGAAUACAAGCAAACACAUUUUUCUGAUGCAAAAGAAACCAAAAUUGACGACAACUUUAGCUCGCAAAUAAACAUGACAACAUCCCAUAAUCAAGAUACUGUGGUUACAUCAAACAAAAUUACCAACGUUGCAGUAAACAAUAGUACAUCAGCAACGAAGCAAUCAAUAAAUAUUAACAGUACAACAUUAGAUCCGAUUGGAGAGACAGCAGAGAAAUUAGUUCAGUUGAACAACGGUACUUUCAAAAACAAGAAUAUUCUAAAAGAAGAAAUUUCAAAAGCAAUCCGAAAGAAUAAAAUAAAAAAUACAACACCUAAUGAUGUUUAAAUUUGUGUGCAAUUUAAAAAUAUAAAUAUAUUUAUAUUUGAUA